AUGAGGUCAAUUCUGCCUAUGACCUCUCUAACUGUUUUCUCAUUGAGACAAACACCUGCAGAAACAUCAUCAACAGCAGUGGCGGCGGCAGCAAUAGUGGAGACACAUGGGAAGAAAAAGACAAAUGUUGGUAUCAAGUCAUCAAGCAGGGAGAUCAAGAUUUCACCUCAUCAAGGUCUUUUAAGAGUCCGUGAGUUCACACUAGCUGAGAUAGAGCACUUUGUGGGUCCUGAGGACAAAUCCCACCCGAAGUUUGUUCAUGUUGCCAACCUGGAGCUUUUGAUGUUCCCCAGGGAGGAGCAACUAGCAGGGAAAUCAGCCAAGUCAAUGAUCCUUGGUGAAGCUGUUUCAAAGGGAAUAAUCAACAAUGAGACACUUGGUUAUUUCAUAGGACGGGUGUAUCUUUUCUUGACUCGUCUGGGAAUUGAUAAAGAUGGAUUGCGCUUCAGGCAGCAUCUGCCAAAUGAGAUGGCUCAGUAUGCUGCAGACUGUUGGGAUGCGGAAAUAGAAUGCUCCUAUGGUUGGAUUGAAUGUGUUGGGAUUGCUGAUAGGUCUGCUUAUGAUUUACUAGCUCAUUUGGUACGUAAUCAAGACCUGUUUGCACCUAAGAAUGCCGUGAUGAGUUCUGAUUGUGACAAAUUAUAAUCUUAUGCACCUCUUACAAAACUAUUCUUCUUUUAAACACGUGAGAGGACUAGUUAGCAAUGCAUUGGGUCAGGUUGAUUUGU